AGAUAGCUUUCUAAAGUACAUUCGUUUUAUAAAUUUGUCAGCUGGUAGACCAAGUUUAAGAGUCCAAAUUUGAAAUAUACAAUGAAGUUCAGUGCUGCUUUCCUUACUGCCGUUGCAGGAUGCCUUUCUGUUGUUGCCGCUGGUGAAUGGGACCAUGAAGACCACUAUUCCACCACGGAAAUCGACACUGAUUGUUUGAGUGAGACCAAGACUACAGAAUCUACGCCUGUUCCAACUACAUCUGAGAUUCCUUCCACUACCACUCCUGCUCCUCCUGCUCCUUCAACCACUGAAGUCACCACUUCCACUUAUGAAAAGACUGAGCCAUGUGAGUCUGAGUCUUCCACUGUUCCACCUCCACCUCCGACUACCGAGGUUACAACUUCCACUUACGAGAAGACCGAACCAUGUGAGUCUGAAUCCUCGACUGUUCCACCUCCACCACCAACUACCGAAGUUACAACCACCACAUAUGAAAAGACUGAGCCAUGUGAAUCUGAGACUACUGUCCCGGUUCCUCCAACCUACACCAACACCACUGAGUCGAGUAUUAUAACCUCUACCACUCCAGCUCCUCCAACUCCAUUGACUAGCACUACUCAUCCUGUUACUACCCAACCUGUCACAACUCACCCAGUUUCUACUCAUCCAAUUACAACUCAUCCAGUCACUAUCAUUUCUACCACCCCAGCACCACCAGUUCCUGAAACUGAACAUGUCACCACCCAUCCAGGUACCUACGGCAAUUCUUCUACCUCUCCAUUUGUUCACCCAACCAACCCGGGACCAGGUCCAUCUGAGAGUUCUGUCACUUUAUCAACUUAUAUCGGUGAAGCUGGCAGAGCUGCUGGUUCCAAGAUGUUAGCUGCCGCUGCUGCUGCUGGGUUCCUCCUUAUGUGAGUGAAGCUUUCAACAGCCUCUAAUAAUUAACUAUUGUGUUUUUUUAUCUUUUGGUAAGAUUUUUUUUCCAUUAUGUACUUUACUUUAACUUAACUUUUAC